AUGGCGGACUACAACGAGGAUUUAGCAAAGUGGUUCGAAGAGCUUCAGAAGCUCCCGCGCGAACACCACCUGCUCUGUCCCAAAAUCGGCCCUGACGAUGACGAGAAUUACAAAAACCUCGAGGAUCCCGAGUCCCGAAUCACGGUCGACGAGAAGAAACGCAGAAUUGAGGAUGGAGACCGACGAGUGGAAAUCACGUACUGGAACAGCCUCAUCUUUGGCUUUGAAAAGAGAGACGCUGGCCAGUGGCUCAACGAGUUUACCACUCGACUAGAGUCUUGCCUGAGGGAAUGCCCUGCCUGCGUCCUGAACUGGCAUAUGAAACGCAAGGCCCAUCUUCAGAAGUUUGCCGAGCGAUGGAACGAAGAAUCCAUGGCCCACAUUGAGUACCUGCUGGACAAGCUCGACGUUGCGCGAAUCGAGCACAAUAUCCAAUGGGCCAAAACAUUCAUCGAAAAGAUCGAAGACAGUGGCGCCGUUUUCAAGAAGGCUCAGUUCGGCCCUCAUCUGUCGGAGGUCUUCAUCACCGUCUAUGAAGCGCUGUGCUGUGUCACCUACAUUGGGCUGCCUGAGCAGCGCUCGUCUUUCCAGUACGUCUUUAUGCGAUUGCAAGGCAAGACCCCUCUGAAGCUGGGCUCUAAAGACCCUCUUCCGGGUAUGACAUACUUUCUUUUCGACAUGAAAGUCGAGGACCGCCGCAAGUGGGCGUACGAAAACUGGAAGGCGGUUGACAGCGCGUCGUUGACCGAGGAGCAAUUUGACUGGGCCGUCAGUGGCGGUCUGAUCAAAGCAAUAGAUGACAUCAGUCGCAAGGAUCUUUCUCAGGCUACCGCAGAAGACUACCUGGAUAUCGAGCGAUUUUGGUGCGGCUUCGAGUGCAUUCUUCGAACGCUCACCGACGACUUGAUUCUCAGCCGGCUCCGGAGCUUGGAAGUGCGGCCUGGCAAUCCAGACAUCUACGACUUGCUGUUUCGACAUAUCCAAUCUUGUCGCUCGGAAGGUGUUCUUGUGGCCACUAUCCGGAUACUCACGUCACUGUUGAGACAGGCCCCCAAAGCAUUCUGGGAUGCGGUCGGGGACGCAAAGCCGAAUGUCAUUGCGGACUUGGUUUUCAGUAGCCCUGUCUACAAAGCGCUACUACGUCAAUCGUUGGAGAGCUGUUGGGGCGGCAUCGACCCGGACAACCCUGUUCCAUUUCCCAUUUCGUGGAUCUCUCCAUGGCUUCAGUCAUUGCGUCGAGACCACAGGUUUGACGCUUGCGAGGUUCUGACCCAUACACUGUUCAAAAAUCUCGCAAAGGAUGAGAGUAUCGGCGAACCGGGCCAAGCAGCAUGCGUCCGUGCCGGCUUCGAUGCCCUGAGCUUGACGCUCAAGUCCUUUCUUGACUCGAAGGCGAGGAUCACGGGCACCACCCAUCUAUACGCCAGUUCGGCUUUCAAUCUGGUCCUUCAGAAUAGGGACCUUGUCCUCCGCAAUCUCAAGGCUCCCAGAGGACAGCACGAAGGGUGGACAACUUUGAACGUAGCAGACGCUGCCAAGACUGUCCUCCACACAGCACGAAAGCUGGACAUGAAAAUGCUGUUCGACGAAUUUCACGCCAUUCAUGAGGGCCAAGCGGUCCAGACAACUGUUCCGCGAGAUUCGGGGGCCUUUUGGGAAUGCCACGUGGAAAUCUUCGACAUGUCGUCGGAUCAAGCUGCUCUUUCAAAAGAAAUUCUCUCCUGUUUAGAGCCAUUGGUCUCGAUCGAGGACAUUCGUCCUGAGAAGACUAAGAAAUUGAGCGAACCUGGCUUGCAUUUCAACAAGACUUUGAAGAGCGUCACAGGCGUCAUUGUUCGUGUUCUGGGUCGGAUCUCGGAGAUGGACACAAUACCACUCCAGACGCUUUUCGAGGAUCGGCUUCCUGUCCAAAUCAUCAUCGGUUUGUCAGUUCAUGACCAUUCGGACUUGGGUGAAGCGUCUAUGGAGGUUUUGAAAAGCUGGACCGGCGAGGAUUCUCGAGACUCGGCGCUGCAGCACAUAACUCGAGAGCAUGCGGAGCAGACCUUUUCAUCCAUUAUAUGGACCAUGGAACGGGUCAUACGACAGCCUUUCCCUUGGGACCCUAUCCGCCCGCUCUUGAACGCCAGUCGCAACGUUCUACAAGGGCUCGCGAAUUCAUCUUCCGGCCUCCUUCGUCAGACAAUUCUUGACUCGAGGAGGGGUGCCAUGUUGCUCCGCUGGUGGACCGAGCAGUGGCGAUUCGUUUCCAAGUGUUGUCUCAACAUUGAAGGCUGGUCGAUGGCCAUUGACAACAAGACAAUGACAGAGUUCUGCCGAGAUAUCAUGGAGCUCGCUGAGGCUCUCAUCAAGGAAGACGGACUCAUUACCUCAGCCACCGCGGGCAGCAGGGGCCAGGCGGAAGCGAUGGCGAGUAUCCUGCGGCCCGCAAAGGACAACUUCCGAGGCAUGGAGAACAUGAUCCGCCUCAAGGAUCUGUAUCUCGUGGAUACCACUGUGCGCGUCUUGCGCCAGAUCCUCACCCGGCUCCGUGAGAACAAUUUAGAGAUCAAUGCAGCCUCUCGGAAGCUGAUUAUGGACGCCUGCGUUCCAACAAGCAUUCCGGGCCGUUACGUGAGAUCAACCAAUUUGAACGAUCGCCAACGCGCGGAACUUCUCCGCGCACUCGGCCACGAUGAGGAGGAUGUCCAGAUCGUUCAAAUCGGCGUUGCAACUCGCGAACCAAAUCGCACCCUGGAAACUGCUCAGGGGGGGUCGAAGAAACAGAGCAAGCUGGAUGCCUGGUCAAAGUCAGCCGCUGGAGCGUCUUCCUCAGCUGUGCAAACAGGCAGAACCAACCGGUCGGACGUUCUUGAACUGAGCAAAUCAGCCGAUAGUCCUGUCUUGAAACAGAUUGCUGCACGCCAACUCAAGACCGCGGAAAGGUCGAACAAAUUAGAUGCCAAAGCGAUCUCAGCACUCAAAGAGAGCAGACAGAGAGAGAAGGCCGAGAAGGCUCGGCGGGAUGCUGAGGCUAUCGCGAAGGCGAGACGUCUUCGGGGAGAAACUGUGCCAGGUGAGGGAUCUGGCAUUCACGGCUUGAGCGUCACCGGAAAGGACCACUCACGAAGUGAGAUAAUGGUCAACAGCUCUGAUGAGGAGUCCGGCGCUGAGAGCGACGAUUCGGAUGCCGAUACCCAGCUCGCUGCUCUUAGCACUGGUGGCGAGAAAAACCUCGACGAAUAUGAGAAGAGAAAGCUGCAGGCUUUGCGCGACAAGGUUCGACGGCCUGUCAAGAAGAUUCGACAGCAGCGCUCCGUCAAGGAGAUGAGAGCACGCCUAAUCCCGCCCAUGGACAGAUUGCACAACACAAUCCUGGCAUGGGACAUCUUCCACGAGGGUGGGGAGCCCCCAACAGGUCCCAAGGCAUCCGAGGUCGCUACGAAGUACCUGAACCCCAAGGCCUACCAGGAGACUUUCUUCCCACUGCUAGCAUCUGAGGCGUGGCGGUCAUUCGUUACUGCAAAGGACGAGAUAACCUCUCCGCCAUUCGAAAUGAAGACCGCCGGUCGUGCUAGCGUGGACAGCUUCUUGGAGGUGACGUUUACGAUGCUCAUCGCGCAGAAUCGAGAACGUAGCGUGUCGGAAGGCGACAUCCUCUUGGUCUCGGAAGACCGGAGUCCAAUCAAGAACCCGUCAGCCAAGCAUUGUCUUGCGCGAGUGCAUCGUUUGACAUACAAGAAGGACGUCGUGGAGAUUCUUUACCGGGUUGCUUCUCACGCCAACCCACUCUCGAAGGAUCUCGUCAAAGAGAACGUCGUUUAUGGAAUCAAGAUCACAAACAUGACGACCAUUGAAAGAGAGUACGCGGCAUUGGAGAGCCUGCAGUACUACGAUUUGAUGGACGAGAUCCUCAAAGCCGAACCAUCACCCAUUCUUCGUUACGGCGACGAAAGAGUCUCCAAUGCCAUGCGGAACUGGGCCCUUAACCGCGGACAGGCUUUGGCUGUCAUGGGCGCGCACGAAAAUGACGGCUUCACUCUCAUCCAAGGACCUCCAGGUACCGGCAAAACAAAGACAAUCGUCGCGAUGGUUGGCUCCCUUCUCUCAGAGCAACUGUCUCAACCAAAUGCGGGCGUUCCCGUCGUCAACCCACUGCGGCCUGCAAAUGGGGCCAAUACUGCCCGGUCAAAGAAACUGCUCGUAUGCGCUCCCAGUAACGCCGCUGUGGACGAGCUUGUGUUGCGGUUGAAAGCUGGUGUGACGACGACGAACGGCAAAACUCGGCAAAUCAAUGUCUUGCGUCUGGGAAAGAGCGAGAGGAUAAACGCGGCCGUCAAGGAUGUUACUCUUGACGAACUCGUGCGGGUUCGGCUUGAAGGAGACACCACCAAGGAGAAAGCAAAGGCCGACCGAGACAAGCUGCAUGCCGAUGCGGCGAGAAUCAAGGAAGAGUUGAGCGAGCUCCGGCCCCGGUUGGCCGAAGCUCGAGAACAGGAAGAUCGAGCCGUCGCCAACAGCUUGUCACGAAAAUUUGACGAACUCAAGAGCCAGCAAAUCCACAUUGGGAAGCUAAUAGACGCUGACAAGGACAGCGGCAACUCGAUUGCACGAGAGAUGGAUGUUCGCCGCCGGCAAGUGCAGCAGGAGAUCCUCAAUUCGGCGCACGUACUCUGCGCGACGCUCAGCGGCAGUGGGCAUGAGAUGUUCCGCAAUUUGGAAGUGGAGUUUGAGACCGUCAUCAUCGACGAAGCGGCGCAAUGCGUGGAGUUGAGCGCCUUGAUCCCUUUGAAAUAUGGAUGCUGCAAGUGCAUUCUCGUCGGCGAUCCGAAGCAGCUCCCCCCAACCGUCUUGUCCCAGUCUGCUGCUCGCUUUGGCUACGACCAAAGUUUGUUCGUACGGAUGCAACAGAACCAUCCAAACUCGGUCCACCUGCUGGACAUGCAGUAUCGCAUGCACCCGGAAAUCAGCAUGUUUCCCAGUCGGGAAUUUUACGAAGGCCAGCUACGCGACGGGCAGGAUAUGCUUCAACUCCGUCAGAAACCUUGGCACAACAGUGAGCUGCUAGGCCCGUACCGCUUCUUCGACGUCGAGGGUGUACAGGAAAAGGGACGUAGAGGUCAAUCCCUCGUCAACAUCAAAGAACUGGAGGUCGCAAUGCAGCUUUACGAUGCAUUCAGCAAGACGUAUGCGGAAUGCGACCUUCACCGCAAGAUAGGCAUCAUCACGCCAUACAAGGCACAGCUGUUCGAGCUCCAGAACCGCUUCAAAAGUCGCUUUGGCGACAAAAUCCUGGAGGCCAUCGAGUUCAACACUACGGACGCGUUCCAAGGUCGAGAGUGCGAGAUCAUCAUCUUUUCUUGUGUGCGGGCAAGCUCUACUGGUGGCAUCGGUUUCAUGACAGACAUCCGCCGCAUGAAUGUUGGUCUCACGCGAGCCAAAUCGUCGCUAUGGAUCCUAGGAGACUCCCGGGCUCUCGUGCAGGGCGAGUUUUGGCGCAAGCUCAUCGAGGACGCUCGAAGCCGGAACCGGUAUACUCGCGGCGAUAUCUUGUCCACGCUUCGCCGGCCACUGGAGAAGGCCAAGCCUGGCAGCCUCGUCCCGGCUGCCCCGGUUGCCGUGUCCAGAGAAGUCGAGAUGACGGACGUGGUCACGCGUGACCAAGAAAUGGCUACAGGUGCCAGCUCAAGCGAGAGACAGGUGGCAGGCAGCGGUGCGGCGAACACGACGCAUGCCCCAGAUGGAGCAGACGCUCGGCCGGGCUCCGGUCUUCCCGUUAUACACAGCUCACACCCGGCAAAGAAGCGGCCAAUCGACAGUGCAGGCCCUGGUCAGCCAGGUCCCAAGCGGGCUGCCAACGAUAGGCCGCGCAGCGGGUUGAUGGCAAAGUUUGGCCAGAAGCCAAGCAGGCCGCCACCUGUCCCGAAAGACCCGUCGGCCAUGUCAGUGCUGGGGAUGACGCCGCCGGAACGACCUCCAGCGCCGCUGCCGACGAGCUCCACGGAGAAUGUCAAGAAGGAGUCGAACUCAUCUCUGCCGACCGUUCCAGCAGCGAGCAACAAGCCACCUCCCAAACCCAUCGCCGCACCGGUGCGGAAGAAACCCAAGCCGAGCCUUUUCAUGCCAAAGAAGCGUUAA